UUUCCCAGGUUUCGGAAGUGGCGUCACGCUGAAGAGGAUUUCGGGAAGUACCGGUGUCAUGAGAGAAAACGUGGUCGGCGUGGAACAUGAACAACCUGUGUUAGCUGUCAUCAAAGAAAUGGAAAUGGAAACUAAACCGGAGCCGCACAAACGUUACAUCUGCUCGUUUCCCGAGUGCUCGGCGGCUUAUAACAAACAGUGGAAACUGGACGCUCAUCUGUGUAAACACACGGGGGUGAAGCCGCACAAAUGUGAACACGAUGGCUGCACUAAGUCCUUCUGCAGCCCAUUUCACCUGGCAAGGCAUGGGCUCAGUCACAGCGGUGUGAAGCCUUUUCAGUGCACCGUGGACGGCUGCACCGACGCUUUCACCACCAACAGUAACCGGGCCAGACACAUCAGCCGCGUUCACUCGCAGGAGCAGAGGAAGUAUGUUUGUAAGUUUGAGGGCUGCGGGCUCGAGUUCAGGAAAAACAAACAGCUCAAGUCGCACAUGUGUGAGCAGCACACCCAGCUGCCGCCUUAUCAGUGCACUUAUGAAGGCUGCCAGAUGCGAUUCACCUUCCCCAGCAAGCUGAAGCGACAUGAGAAGGUGCACAGAGGUUACCCCUGCAAGGAGGAGGGCUGCACCUUCACAGGAAAAACGUGGACUGAGCACCUCAAGCACAGGAAGGAGCAGCACAGGAUCAUCCUGAAGUGUGACCAGUGCAGCAAGGUGUUCAGGGACUCGUGGUUCCUGCAGAAGCAUCAGGUGGUCCACUCAGAGAUGCGGGUUGUCCUCAAGUGCCCCAGGGACGGCUGUGACAGGUCAUUCACCACGGCCUUCAACCUGCAGAGUCACAUCAGCUCCUUCCACGAGGAGCUGCGGCCCUUCACCUGCACACACGCAGGCUGCGGGAAGACCUUCGCCAUGAGGCAGAGCCUCCAGCGUCACAGCGUCGUUCACGACCCAGAGAGGAGGAAGCAGAGGAAGCCCAGACCCAAAAGAUCUCUUGCUUCCAGGUUAAGUGGUUACAGUGAAACAAAGAGAGUGAUCUGUAAAAAGCGACAGGAGCCUGCAACGCACAGAGAGUCUGCUCAGGGUCCUGUUGAGUUGGUGUCCCUCCUGCAAGAUACGUCCUUGCUGUGCAGUCCUGCUGUGGACACACAUGGACUCACUAAUGCCCUGACUGCACCUUUAACAGUGUAGAGUUUCAUGAAGGAAUUUGCAACAGUUUUGUGAGAACACAAGAUACUUGAUAAGAGCAUUUAUGAUGUAUUAUCAUUUCUAACUUGGUUGUUGGAAAUCUUGGUGUUGUAAAGUCACCAUCUUUCUUAAAGUGAAUUCAGUAUGAAGUGGUCACCUGCAGAAAGAGUGCACCUGCAGGAAUGGAACCAGGUCCAUGUGUUUCCUCCUUCUGGGUGGUGUUGAUUGUGUUAAAUUAUGUUUUGGGGGCUUAAUUUAACUUUCUGGAGCCAUUACAUUCAUUAUAUUUGUGUCAUAUGUAUUUAAGAGAAAUAUAUUUUGUACACACUGUAAAGAAUUAAUUAAUGUAAGUAUUGUUUUGCCUGCAUUACAAAAAAUACAGAAAGAUGGUAUUUGUUUGAAUAAAACCUGUGGAUGUAUUGAA